UCACCAAACACCGUCCCAAAAUGCCUCGACGCAGACCCCCGUGCGCUCCGUGCGUAUUACGACAGACGGAUGCAACUCUUCUGAAGAGUUCGCAUCCUGCUGUGGUCUCACACGGAUCACCGCCUAUACAGACUCUGGUAGAGGGCAGCUGGACGGAGGUUCGGACCACGGAGAGGGCGCACUGUGAACCGUGCGCUCUCGUGGAGCUCAGGCUACCGGGACUCCGCUACGUCGACCAGGACCAGAGCGCGGUGGCCAGAGCCAAGAGACGGCGGCGGCUGGCGGCAAAUGCGCGCGAGAGACGAAGGAUGCUUGGGCUGAAUGUGGCAUUCGACCGACUGCGCAGCGUCAUCCCGAACAUGGAGAGCGAGCGGAAGCUGUCCAAAUCAGAGACACUGCAGAUGGCACAGAUCUACAUCGCCACACUCAGCGAGCUUCUGCAGGACGAGGGUUGUCAGCCAGAUUUCGGUUACACGCGCAUCGCCGUGACAACGGAGCAGGUGGAUGCGCAGCGCGCCGAGCCAUCAUCCUGCGAUUCCGCAGCAGAGGACACUGAACUGUCCGAACCCGACACGCGCAAUGACGUUCCUGGGCGCGCGGCUAGCCCGGGACAGUCUGAUGAUGAACAUAAGCUCGAGCUGAAAGAGUUGAUGAACUUUUGGGAGAGAACGAGUGGAACAAAAUGAUCACAAAACAGUGUGUACAAAGCGCUUUUUUAUUUCAAUUAUGUAAUGCCUAUUUCUAUGAAGGGAAACUUAUUUUUCUACUUGUUCAUUUAGUUUAUCAUUAUGACUAGUUUCCCAGUCAAGUAGAGGGAACCAGAGAUUAAUAAAUAUAUUCUAUAUGUAUAGAAGUUUCUUGUUGGUGUUUUCCCACCCCUAAAGCAACAGAUAAUAGAUUAAAAAAAAAAAAAAAUGUUUUUAAAAAAAAACACAACCACCCUCAAAAGUAGCAACUUUUAUUCGAGUUAAAGGUAUUUACAAGUAACCAAAGACAUUUGGAAAUUGGUACAAAGGAGGUGGUCCAGUGGGUUUCUGAUAUAGCUUUACAUCUCAGUUCAGAGAAAACAAGUGAGAAAUGCUGUAGAAAAGAAAAAAAAAAAUGGUUGGAUUCAGAAAA